GAAAGUUUCAUCAUCGUCGGGCUUCGGCUCCAAAGUGAGGUCGCUUACAAAUUGGGCUAUGACAAGGACCCAAUAAUCUAGUAAACAAGCCCAGGCCUUUGUUUAUCGUAAACGUGAAUCACGGGUCGAAGGUUAAUUCGACCUUUUUUUUCAUAAAGGUGGGUUCAUGAAGCGACACGUGGCGACGAGCGUACUGUGCGCGCACCGCACCUUCGUGUAAUCUAGAACUUCCUCCUUCUUCAACUACGGUACGAUGGCCGCUCCGUUUCUGUAUGAGUUAAUCGAAGAGCCUUUUUUUUUUUUUGUGUUCCAUUUUGUUUUCCCUCUUGUCGCUUUCCCAGCAGUUUUUUCAAAUCAGCUCAGCCUGAGGUCCCCAAAUGCUCUGCUCAAUCUCGACCGGCAAGUCCGGUUCGAACUGGCUGGACCGGCUUCGUUCCAGUAAGGGCUUCCCGACCGUCGAAAACCUUGACCUCGACCAUUUCCUCACUAACCCUAUCCCUUCCGAUUCUCCAAUCACCAGUGCUUCCAAUUCUCUAAACUCCAACUCCGAGUCAACUCACUCCAAUGAUAAACUAGUCCAGAAUCGGAAGCCACCACCUCCGCAGGUGAUCUCCAGCGAGCCCGCCGAAGACAAAGAAUGGUUGGGUAUAAUGAGCAAUGUCCUUUCGGAGCUCUUCAACAUGGGCGAACAAGCCCAAACCUCCAGAUUUUCCAGGAAAAAAGCUUCCAGGAAACAAACAAACCCUAGAAUUUGUAUUAUCAAGACUCCCAAAGUUAAUUCUACCGACAAGCAGAAAAGCCGUUCGGACAACGUGAGAAAAGAAGAUAAUAUCCCCUCUUUAACGACGUCGUUGAAAUCAAGCGAAGAAGAGAAGAGAGAAUCGAAAGACGAGGACGAAAAUAAUAACGUGGAAGAAGAAGAGAAAGUGAAAGGAGAGAGGGAACUGGUAGGGUACUCGAGAAGUGAAGUGACGGUAAUAGACACGAGCUGCGAGGUGUGGAAAGUCGACAAGCUUAUCUUUAGGAGGCAAAAAAUCUGGAAAGUUAAGGACAAGAAAGGAAAGUCAUGCACCGUUGGUAGAAAGAAGAGUAAACCACCUCCUCCUCUAUCCGACGACAAUAAUGUUGGUUUUUGUAAUAAGAAACGAAAGAUUUCGAGUUCGGAGCUCCUGUCAUUGAAGGCAACGAGUGGAAAAGAAUGUGGGUCGGCUAAAAAUCAUGGGGAGGAUGCUCUAGGUGACAAAGCGGAAGAAGUUUGCAAUGAGAUACCUGAUGAUCUUACCCAAGUUCUUAGAAAGAGGUUUCCUUCCUCCAGAUUACCUCGGAAAUCAGGAAAGGGAAGCGAAUCUGUUAUCCUUAUAAAAGCCAUCCCAACAGGGAAGAAAAAUGGAGCAAAGCUUUCAAAGAAUCGCCUGAAGGAGACUCAGAGGCAAUACAAGACGUGAUAAAUCCAUCAACAAAACCAUCAAGUGGGCUGGCAAAAUAGCCAAUUUGCAUGUCAGUUCUGCAUUUUGAACCAGCAAUUGGUUCAAUUUUGACUACACCUGCCCCAUAGAUAGGUGGAAUUCGAAGGGCUAUGGCUGUGGGUAAAGUUGCACCAAGCUUCAAGCCUGUGGGUGUAGCCCUGAUUUCUUGUUGCCAACAGAAGGUGUGAAUAUGUUUAUUAACCUUUGUACAAUUUCUUCCACCUAUGAUAACAUUUAUUUUUUUUUUAUUUGAGAAGUAAUAUGAAAAUUUAAAUUUAAAUUU